AUGACGACGCCCAAGCUAUUCACGCCACUGACCCUCGGGGGCAAGAAGGACCCCAUUCAGCUCCUUCACCGAGUUGUUAUGGCACCACUCACGCGACUGCGAACGGGGGAACUGGGUGUUCAGAAGGACAUCGGUGCUCAGUACUACGCUCAACGUGCUACGCCUGGUGGUCUCAUUAUCGCCGAAGCCACUAAUAUCUCGCCCACGGCACGUGGGUCCUGGGGCUCGCCGGGCAUCUUCACGUCCGAACAGAUCGAGGCCUGGCGCAACGUCACGCAGGCCGUGCACAACAAGGGCGGUAAGAUGUUCCUCCAGCUGUGGCAUACAGGCCGCAUUAGCCACCCGCUCAACCAGCCUGGAGGUAUUCUGCCCGUGUCGUCCAGCUCCAAACUCGAGAACAUCCGUGCUGGGAAGAAAAUCGCCACUCGCGAAGGACGUAAGGAGCCCGUGCCGCCUCGCGCGCUGGAGGCGAGUGAGAUCCCUGGUAUUGUGGCCGACUACCGUAAGGCCACAGAGAACGCCAUCGCUGCGGGAUUUGACGGCGUUGAGCUACACGCUGCCAAUGGCUACUUGCUGGAACAGUUCUUGCACGACGGCAUCAACGACCGUACGGACGAAUACGGCGGCAGCGUGGAGAACCGCGCGCGCUUCCUCUUCGAGGCGUUGGAGGCGAUUCUCGAGAGUUUGGACUCGUCCAAGGUGGGUAUUCGACUGUCACCGUUCGGAGGCAGCUUCGGCGACAAGGACUCGGACCCCAUCGCCACGUACACGUACGUCCUGAAAAAGCUGAACGACUACGACCUGGCGUACGCGCACCUCAUCGAACCGCGUGGUUACCACGUGCGCAACCCGCUGGCGCCGGAGAAGGGGUCGGCACGGCAGUUCCGUGACACUUACAAGGGCGUACUGAUUGCUGCGUCGGGUUUCGAUCGACAGUCGGCCGUUCACAUCGUCGAGGAAGGCGCCGCCGACGCCGUGGCCAUCGGCCGCCACUUCAUUUCGAAUCCGGACCUGGUGCGUCGGUUCGAGCUCAAUAAGCCCGUCAAUGACUUCGACGUCGAUACGUUCUACCUCGGCGACGAGCGUGGAUACUUAGACUACCCGUACCUGCAGAACUAG